GCCGCCUCUCGCUCAGGUAGACGGGACGUACCACGGAAAGUCUUCUCUCCAGACCUGCAGUCACCUUGCGUUGUCCAUCAUGGAGGUGAAUGGCACGGUAGAUAUCUUGACCUCUGCUUACCUGGCGGCGGAGUACGUAGAUGCGGUGUUGCCAGAAAACCCCUUCCAGCCCUCCCUGAAACACGCCUGGGGCUACAUGCUGGACAACUACACCAAGUUCCAGAUUGCCACCUGGGGGUCACUCAUUGUCCAUGAGUUCAUCUACUUCCUGUUCUGCCUGCCUGGUUUCCUCUUCCAGUUCAUGCCCUUCAUGCAGAAAUACAAGAUCCAACAGGACAAGCCAGAGACCUGGGAGAAACAGUGGAGAUGUUUCAAGAUGCUGCUGUUCAACCAUUUCUGUAUCCAGCUGCCGUUGAUCUGUGGAACUUACUACUUCACUGAAUUCUUCAACAUCCCUUAUGACUGGAACUCCAUGCCACGCUGGCCGUUCGUCCUGGCUCAGUGCUUGGGCUGUGCUGUUGUGGAAGACACCUGGCACUACUUCCUGCACCGCCUGCUGCAUCACCGCAGAAUCUACAAAUACAUCCACAAAGUCCACCACGAGUUCACCGCUCCGUUCGGCAUGCAGGCAGAAUACGCUCAUCCUGCCGAGACUCUCAUCCUGGGAGCUGGUUUCUUCAUCGGCAUCAUGAUCUUCUGUAACCACGUGUUCUUUCUGUGGGCCUGGGUGUCCUUCCGCCUGCUGGAGACCAUCGAUGUCCACAGUGGUUACGACAUCCCUAUGAACCCGCUCCACCUGAUCCCGUUCUACGCCGGCACCCGCUUCCACGACUUCCACCACAUGAACUUCGUCGGGAACUACUCCUCCACCUUCACCUGGUGGGACAAGCUGCUGAAGACGGACAACCAGUACAACGUGCACCUGCAGAAACAGGGAGACAAGAAGGAGGAGUAAAGCGUCUGUGCCUCUGUUCAUACGCUCACCUGGUUUGUCAGGAGGAGGAAAGAGGCAGUACGGACACACAGACAGUGUGAGACCUCUCACACACUAAAUGUGUACUUUAAAUGAAUCAUCGCUACUGUUGGUUUGAUUCUGAAUCGGACUGCGUGUUGACUUCAGUCCGUCUUCUGUGCCUUUUUGCAAAAUACAUUUUUUUGUCUGCUUCUGUCAACAGCUGCUGGCUUAAUAAAAACCAUCAACAUCCUCA